CGAUUACGAUCGUGUCACAACUUUUUGCAUUGCACCGGUGUUAAAUCAUAUACACAAAAUUUAGUUUGAUUCUUGUUCAGCUUCCUAAAAAAUUGGUUUAAAGGGCGAUUCAUAAAUUAACUUGAGAAAGUAGGAGAUGAAAUCAUGUCGAAACUUUUAGAAUGGCUUGCUGGAAUAUCCGCAAUAUUAGCAGUUUGGUAUUAUUUUCUGAGUAAUAACAUAGUUUUGUAUCAAGACGAUAUUCAUUCCUGGCUGGUGCCAAUAUAUGCUGUCAUAGCUUUUGGUGUGUACUCAGCUAUUGUUGUACUCUAUAGGGUUUAUAUCUUUAAUGACUGUAAAGAAGCAGCUGAUGAAUUAAAAAAGGAAAUCAUAAUGGCAAAAAGUGACUUAAAAAGAAAAGGAUUCAUAUUUGACUAACAUUCCACUUGAUCAUAUGAAAAAUGCACCUGUUUCAAACGUAAUUUAUUUUUGAAAUAAAGUAU